CCCCCCUUUGAAAUCUCCCAUAACAUAUUCACUCUUUUUUUUGCUCUCAUUAAUAUAAGGUAUAAACUCUCUCCCCAUAUUUUUCCUCAUAACCAAAAAUAUUCAAUUAUACAAAACUUUCAGCUCCCUCUUUUGUCAUAAAAUGGAAGCAACACAUUUUUUAGGAAGCAGGGGCUCUAGUCUAUUGUCAACCUUGCCUCAUCGGAGACAUAAACACAAUAAGCAUAAACAAUCUUCUCUCCUCGUCGUCGCGGUUCUUACCCCUCCGGCCACGGAAAAAACCAGUUUUAUUCCGGCUGAUAAUUCCAUGUCCGGAGUAGGAAAAAACACCACUGCAAUAUACAAUGAUAGCUGGUUUGAUCGGAUUGCCAUUGACUAUCUUUCCAAGAGUGUUCAAUCAGCAACAGGGUUGAUGAAUAGGAAGAGUGGGUAUGAAAGCUUGGUAGAGGCGGCUAGUAUGGCAGCUAGGAAUUUCGGUCCAUUGAAACAGCAUGAAGUUGUUAUACAAGCUCUAGAGAAAGCCUUCCCGAGACCGAUACUGUCACUGAUAAAAAUGUUACUUCCACAGUCUAAAUUCGCAAGGGAAUACUUCGCUAUUUUCACCACCUUGUUUUUUGCGUGGUUGGUCGGACCCUGCGAGGUCCGAGAGUCGGAGCUGAAUGGAAGAAGAGAAAAAAAUGUGGUCCGCAUAAAGAAAUGCAGGUUUCUAGAGCAAACCAAUUGUGUGGGAAUGUGCAACAAUCUCUGUAAAAUACCAUCACAGACCUUCAUCAAGGAAUCUUUAGGAAUGCCAGUUUACAUGGUUCCAAACUUUGAGGAUAUGAGCUGCGAGAUGAUAUUUGGCCAGGAGGCUCCAGCAUCAAAAGAUGAUCCUGCACUCAACCAACCAUGCUAUAAACUAUGUAAUAAUUCAAACUCAACUUGUUCAAAAUAUCUUAGUCUUGCAUGUUACGAAAGUCAGACAAACAGAACCUUUUAG